ACAUGGGAUUGCAUCAGAGGAACUAGUCUGUUUGCUUUUGUUCUUUCAUCUCUCAUCAAACGCUCGCUAUGUGCGAGACGACGGCGAAGCAAAAAUGUCGUCGACGACAUUUCGAGGAAUAUCUUUCCCAACGAUAUUUUUUUAUAAUCAGAUGCACGACGUGCUACCAACACAAUUACAUCAACAACCUGAAGCUAAAAAUCUCGUGCCGUCUCGUCGCAGUGCUGAUAGCCCUGUUCUCAACACGACCCUGUUAGAAUAAUUCGGUGUUCGAUCAAGGUUGCAGUAUAUUCAUAUUGAUAAGGCUGACACUUAUUACAACAGAAUAAAUCAUACAGCGUUUGUCUCACUCUUUUAUAAAUUGUCUUGCAGAUAGGUCGUUCAUUGGUAGAGAUUAGUGGUUGAUCCGAAACAGCACAAACAAAGCGCUAAGAGUUUGUGCUUAUUAAUCUACUGAUAAUAUAUUACUUUGAGUAUCGUUUUGGGAUUUAUAAAAAAGUGUGUCUUAACCACCGAAAAUGCAGAAAAUUUGUUUAGACAAAUCAUACCACAACUUUCGGCCUAGGUCAAGUGUGGUAUUACCAUUGCUAGUUAGUAAAUUGCGAAACAACAAAUAUUUAAACCGAUAUUUGGUUACUGUAGAAGAUAUUUUUCCCAAUAAACCGGAUUUUCCGUCGCGCCACAUCGGACCACGCAAAACGGAUGUCGUUACAAUGCUAAAUUCAAUUGGAUUAAAGUCGUUGGACGAACUAUCGGAAAAAGCAGUUCCCACUGCAAUCAAGUUCAAGCGUAUAUUGAACAUCGAGGACCCAUUGAACGAACACGAGCUGAUUGACAGAAUACGAGCCAUCGCUAAUAAAAAUGAAGUUUGGAGAUCUUACAUUGGUAUGGGCUAUUACAACUGUUUGGUACCUCACCCAAUUCUACGCAAUAUUUUCGAAAAUCCUGGUUGGACGACCCAAUACACUCCUUAUCAGCCUGAAAUAAGUCAGGGUCGGCUGGAAUCAUUAUUAAAUUUCCAAACAUUGGUAACUGAGAUGACGGGACUAGAAAUAGCAAAUGCAUCAUUGCUAGAUGAAGGAACGGCAGCCGCUGAAGCCAUGAGUCUAUGUCACCGCUACAAUAAGCGCAAAAAAAUAUUCAUUUCCCGCAAACUUCACCCACAAACAGUAGCAGUAGUCAGAACGCGUUUGGAGGCCCUUAGCAUAGAAGUACUAGUGGGAUCAGUUAAAGAAAUAGAUUUUGCUGAUCAUGAAAUCUCCGGUAUAUUGUUGCAGUAUCCAGAUACUUUUGGAGAUGUACAAGACUUCGAACAAAUUUCAGCUGAUUGUAAAAAGAACGGUACUUUGGUUGUAGUGGCAACUGAUUUGCUGGCUCUGACUUUACUGAGGCCUCCUGCAGAGUUUGGAGCAGACAUUGCGGUAGGAUCAGCACAAAGGCUCGGUGUACCUCUUGGCUACGGCGGUCCGCAUGCUGCUUUUUUUGCUUGUAGACAAAAAUUAACCAGACUCAUCCCUGGUCGGAUGAUUGGCGUAACUAGAGACAUGGAUGGCCAAGACGCCUAUCGACUCGCACUGCAAACUAGAGAACAACAUAUUCGAAGAGAUAAAGCAACUAGUAACAUUUGUACCGCCCAAGCUUUACUAGCGAACAUGUCAGCGAUGUACGCAAUUUAUCAUGGGCCGGAGGGCUUAAAAGGUAUAGCAAACAGAAUUCAUAACUGUGCCUUGACGCUUAAUGCUGGUUUGAAAAAAGCAGGCCACAUGCAGUUGAAUAAAGCCUUUUUCGAUACGCUACACAUUAUACCCCAAGGAAUAAGUACAACCGAAGUAAAAGCAAAAUCGGAGGCGAAAAAAAUCAAUCUACGCUACUUUGAUGAUGACUCGAUAGGUAUCUCAAUGGAUGAAACUGUGAAGACUUCAGAUAUUACCGAUCUGCUAUGGGUGUUUAGCUGCCCGGAUAUUGAAACUACUCUUGCUGAUCCAGCAUCUAGUGCCAUGUCGAUUCAUAAAACACAAUUCAAACGAACGUCUCCCUUUCUAACACAUCCAAUCUUUAACAAACACCACAGCGAGUCUCGCAUGGUUCGCUACAUGAAACAAUUAGAAAACAAAGAUAUAUCAUUGGUUCACGCAAUGAUACCUUUAGGUUCAUGUACCAUGAAAUUAAAUUCAACAACAGAAAUGAUUCCGUGUUCAUUCCGACAAUUUGCGGAGAUUCAUCCUUUUGUACCAGCUGAACAGGUCAAAGGAUAUGAACAUAUGUUUAAUGAACUACAAAAGGACUUAUGCGAAAUCACCGGAUACGAUAAGUUUUCUUUUCAACCUAAUAGCGGCGCACAGGGUGAAUAUGCUGGCCUUAGGGCUAUUCGUUGUUACCACGAGUCACGUGGUGAAAGCAAUAGAACUAUUUGUUUGAUCCCAAAUAGCGCUCAUGGGACGAAUCCAGCAUCUGCACAGAUGGCUGGAAUGAAAGUACAAGCAAUUCGAGUAAACAAUUACGAUGGCACCAUUGACACCGUACAUUUGAAGGAAAAAAUUGAAGAGCAUUCUAAGGAUUUAUCUUGCUUAAUGAUCACGUAUCCUUCCACUAACGGAAUUUUUGAGGAUAAUGUUGUCGAAGUGUGUGAAUUGGUCCAUAAACAUGGAGGACAGGUGUAUUUGGAUGGAGCGAAUAUGAAUGCACAAGUUGGACUUUGUAGACCAGGAGAUUUUGGUAGUGAUGUUUCUCAUCUAAAUCUGCACAAAACAUUUUGCAUUCCUCAUGGUGGAGGUGGUCCAGGAAUGGGUCCGAUCGGAGUGAAAGCUCAUCUGUCACCUUUCCUUCCCACUCACCCGGUCGUCGAUCCAUUAACUGGGUGCGAAAAUAAAAGCUUCGGAGUGGUCAGCGCUGGACCAUACGGCAGUUCCGCUAUACUACCUAUAUCGUGGGCAUAUAUUAAGCUGAUGGGCGGCCGAGGAUUGCGACGAGCAACUCAGGUUGCAAUUUUAAAUGCAAACUACAUGUCAAAACGAUUGGAAAAUUACUACAAAACGUUGUAUACCGACCCUAAAACCGGUCUCGUGGCACAUGAAUUUAUAAUCGAUGUUCGCGACUAUAAGAAAACUGCCAAUAUUGAAGCCGUUGACAUUGCUAAAAGGCUUAUGGAUUAUGGUUUUCACGCUCCGACAAUGUCAUGGCCAGUCACCGGCACACUAAUGGUGGAACCAACGGAAUCUGAAGACAAGGAAGAAUUAGACCGUUUCUGUGAAGCGAUGAUAUCGAUCCGCAAAGAAAUUCAAGAUAUCGAGGAAGGACGCUUAGAUAUAAGAGUUAAUCCAUUGAAAAUGGCCCCACAUACUCAAAAACAAACCAUCUCUUCCGAAUGGAAUCGACCUUAUCAUAGAGAGCUUGGAGCUUUUCCAGCGCCAUUCGUCAAGCCAGAGACAAAAGUGUGGCCUACCGUUGGAAGAAUUGAUGAUCUGUAUGGAGAUAAGCAUUUAGUGUGCACUUGCCCACCAAUGGUUCCCGACUAUGAAUAGUUCGCGUAUAGAUUGUAUGAAUAAAUGUUUUUUUUUUGCGAUAAAUAAUUAAA